CACACACAAACACAGAGAGAGGACCGCAGUGCAUGUAAAUGUAAUUGGCGUGAAAAAACGCUUUGUGAGAUGUUUGUGCGUCUUCUUCAGCACGGGUGUUACGAGGGAAAGAGGAGUAGACGUCCCUAGAAACAGUAAAAAAGUAAACCAUGUAAUAUUUAUGGAUCCAGAGUUGUGCGGGUGCCUUGGGUAAACGAAGUCGAUUGACGCGCGCGUUAAACCAGUCGCAUGUGAUUUCCAGCUUCAGUCAUUUUGGCAGCAAGAUGCAAGAGAGAGACAGACACGGAGCUGUGAAACUGGACCCUCUGCCAGAGAUGUCGACGAAGAGGAAUCCCUGAAACCGCCGUUCCCCAGGAAAUAUGGACAAAUCUGUUUUUCUGUGCGAGUGCGGGCUGUUUUUCUGUCGGUUUGUGCACAUCGCUACAGAGUGUAGUGGACCAGGAUGCCGUGUGGGCGAUGCUGCCACAAGGGAUACAUUGUGAUUUCGCAGAGAUGUUUUAACAACCCUUGCAUAAAUUAAAAUAAGAAAGCUCGUCACUCAAGGGAUUGGACUGCAAAGGAUCUUAAACAUCACCACCUGUUACUAGAAAAUCAGCUGGGACCGCCAGGAGGGAAACCCUUACACGAUAGCCUCAUUCUGUUCUUCAGCACCAGCUCUUCAAACCCCACAGCCGGCCAGGAGAGGUGACAGCACUGCUCUCCCACCACCCAAGUCUGACAACCAUGAUUCGGGGAGGCCCUCUGCUACAGCUCAGAUCAGGGAUCAACUCACUGCUUGAUGGCUAGAUCUCAUCGUACAAUGAGCUUGGGGCCUUUCUACUGAGGUAAGUCUCUGACUUCCUCUGCAGCACAGGUUCUAUUAUUCAAGUUAUCUCUCACUGUAUAGUAGCACAUGGAUUUCAAGACUUCAAAUGAAGAGACAAAGACUGGGAUUUAUUUGAUGCAAGAAGGUAAUGAGGAGCCGUUUAAUAUUCGACUACACUUGGCCAAAGAUAUUCUGACCAUUCAAGAACAAGAUGUCAUCUGUGUGUCAGGGGAGCCCUUUUAUUCAAGUGAGAGGACUGUAACGAUCAGGAGGCAGACAAUUGGAGGGUUUGGCCUAAGCAUCAAGGGUGGAGCAGAGCAUAAAAUCCCUGUUGUGAUAUCAAAAAUAUCUAAAGAACAAAAAGCUGAACUCUCCGGGCUGCUUUUCAUCGGAGACAGCAUCCUUCAGAUAAAUGGAAUAAACGUUAGAAGUUAUCGCCACGAGGAAGUGGUCCAGGUUUUGAGAAAUGCUGGUGAAGAAGUGACUCUUACUGUCUCUUUCCUAAAGAAGACCCCUGCCUUUCUGAAACUGCCUCUGUGUGAGGACUGCACAUGCAUCCCCAGCGACUACAGCAGUGGGACCUCCUCUCCUCUGUGUGAUAGCGGCCUGCACUUGAACUACCAUCCUAACAACACGGACACGUUGUCCUGCUCGUCCUGGCCCACGUCCCCGGGGCUUCGCUGGGAGAAGAGAUGGGUGGACCUGCGCCUUAUUCCACUGCUUCACUCACGUCUGUCGCAGUACAACCCGGGCUCUGACAUCUGCAGGAAAAAUGCUUUCCAUGUCAUAGCUGUGGACGGAGUGUGCAGCGGAGUUAUACAGUUCCCCACAGCUGAAGACUGCUUGGACUGGCUUCAGGCAAUAGCAAGCAACAUUUCCAGUCUCACCAAGCACAAUGUAAAGAAGAUUAACCGGAAUUUUCCAGUUAACCAGCAGAUUAUCUACAUGGGCUGGGUCGAUGAGAAGGAGCAGGACUCCGUUCAGGACCGAAUGUAUUCACCAAAGUUCCUCGCUUUGAGGGGUUCCUCACUCUUCAAGUUUUCAGCACCCCCUGUGACAACAUGGGACUGGACCAGAGCGGAGAAGAGCUUCACUGUGUAUGAGAUAAUGUGCAAGAUUUUAAAGGAUAAUGACCUUCUGGACAAGAGGAAGCACUGCUUCAGCGUCCAGACGGAGACCGGGGAGGACAUGUUCUUCAGCGUGGAACUGGAGUGUGAGCUGCUGAUCUGGGAAAAGGCUUUUCAGAUGGCCACUUUUCUGGAGGUGGAGAGGAUACAGUGUAAAACGUAUGCCUGUAUCAUGGAGAGCCACCUUAUGGGACUGACAGUUGACUUCAGCAAUGGCUUUGUUUGCUUUGAUGCAGCUUCAAAGGCGGUCCUGUGGAGAUACAAGUUCUCCCAACUAAAAGGAUCAUCUGAUGAUGGAAAAAGCAAGAUCAAGUUUUUAUUCCAAAAUCAAGACUCCAAAUCUAUUGAAGCUAAGGAGUUGGAGUUUUCAAACCUCUUUGCCGUGCUUCAUUGUAUUCAUGCUUUUUUUGCUGCCAAAGUCGCUUGUCUGGACCCGAUGUUUGUGGAGAGCCAAGGCACCGCGACUACCACUGGCUAUCCUUCUCUUUCCAGUAUCUCAUGUAAUUCACAGACACCUAAACUCAAAUACACCACCUGACAGGCCCUUCUAAAAGGAUGCUGUACUUAAAUUUUGACAAAGGCCUAAAGUGGUGAACAGGAGAACUAGAACAUGUUCAAAUUUUGACAUUAAGGGUGGACAAUGGUGAAAUAAAAGACUUGUUUGAGAAGUAUAUACUUGAUAUGUUGGUAGAAAUUUCGGAUUCCUAGGAUUUCUGGAAUAAUUGUGGACCUAACCACCAUCAACCUCUACUUUUGGAAACUUCACACAAAGACAUUGUGGACACAAAAUGUUUGAUUAAAAAUGUUUUUAAGUGACUUUAUCCUCAGAAAUCAUGGGGAUCAAAACAUCACAAAGAAAAAUGCAGUUCUUUUCCCAAAGUAGUUUGCUUUUCUAAGUAAUUUUAUUCCAGAUUUGGAGAGUAGCCUUUUUGUUCCACGUCAGACGGUACAUGACUUGAACUUCUUGUGAGGAUUUGUCUGGACACUGGAUAUGAUGAGGCUUUCUAUAUUUCUAUUUCUUAGUGUGUUUUUGAGUUUAAAAUGUUUACCUACAGUCAUACUUGAAUUAGUACAAUUUAUUUUCACUGGAGUUUAAUUGAGAGUCCAGCUAAAAGCUAAAUGGCAACAUAAAUCCGAUUCUGAAUCGGACUUUUGACAACACUUAACUACACAGACAUUUGCUGGCAGCUUUGUUUGGAUUAAAUGAACGCUUUAGAUGUAUUUGUGUAUGAAUAUACUGAGUAACUUUAUUUAUGUUUCUCUGUAUAUGAAGUUUACCCACAGGUUGAAGUCAGAAUAUGACUAUUUCCUGGAUUACUGGAUAGAAAGGCUGUGUGAAGGUGUACAUUUUCUUGUACGGAUGAAAGAAGACACUUUGAUCAUCACUAACCACACAAUUAUAUUCUGACAAUACAACUCUAAACAUGUUAAGAAAACACUUUCCAUAAUGUUUACAGCAUUUCUUUCCCCAAAACUUGAUUAUGUAAAUAAACACUGACAUUCAUAUGACCUCAAAGAAUUAAGAAUUAAAGCAAUUUUGUAGGGAUUAUGACAUUUCAUCAUCAGAGAUGACCGGUUAGAUGGAGCUCAUAACCUCUCUUCAUCAUUUACUAAAUGGACCAAUUCAGAAGUAAACAAUCAGCUAUGGUGUAUUUUUGGAUUAUUUGGUUUACUUCAGUUUUUAAAUAUGACAAUUUUUCAUUGACAACGAGAAAACGCACAUGCAAGAAACACAUAUAUAUAGCGUUGUGGCCUGCAAAAGUCUGAGAUGACCCUUUAAACUUCAGUCUUUAUUAAACUGUUUAUGAAUGCAGAGUGACAAACUAAACUAUCAUAAUUAAAAUAGAGUUGAGGUCAAUUAGCGCAAUUAGUCCCGUUCUUCCCUUCCAUUUACAGAACAGAGUCCAAACAUUAGAGUAAACUCUAGAGGAUAGCAAAUUAAGUGGCGUCUGUUAAGUGCUUUGCACUGUGCGGGUUUGUUAAGCUGACACAAGUGUCGGAGGGAGACUAACGGCGGUGUAGUCUAUGCAAAGAAAGUCUGAGUGAUGCUUUUGUGCUUAUUUAUUUAUUUUUUAUUUAUUUUUGGGCAUUUUUAGGCCUCUAUUCGACAGGACAGCUUAGACUUAAAAAGGGGGGUAGAGAUGGGGCAUGACAUCCAGCAAAGGGUUGCAGGUCGGAAUCAAACCCGUGACCGCUGCGGUGAGGACUGAGUCUCUGUACAUGGGGCACACACUCUACCAGGUGGCCUACGUGGG